UCGGUGGGCAUAGCAUAGUCUGCGAGUGAUCAUUUGUGUCUUGGCAUUUGCAUUAAUCUUAAAUUGUUUCUUUGGGAACGCAUUUAACUGGACGUGGUGUGUACAGAGCGGAUUUUGCAUCAACGCGAAGGCGAGGAAGUUUUUUGUGUUUCGAGUGAACGCCAAGGCAAAGGGACAUCAGAGCAAAAUGGCCGCAAAACCGGAGGAUAAAAGCACAGAUAUACCGGAUCGUCUCUUCGACUCCAAUCAACGCAGGACGUAUAAGCGUAUGCGCUUCUUUGGAAAGAUGUUUUUGCCAAUUGCUUGUGUAGGCGGCUUUGCCAAGUGCUACGAAAUCAUCGAUGUGGAGACCGACGAUGUUUUUGCCGGCAAAAUCGUAUCAAAGAAGCUGAUGAUCAAGCACAACCAGAGGAGAAGACCGCUCAGAGUUACCAUUCAUCGUAGUCUCAAUCCCAACAUAGUGAAGUUCCAUAGCUAUUUCGAGGAUGUCCAGAACAUUUACAUUGUCCUGGAGCUUUGACAAGAAGCGGGUAACUGCAACAAGCGCCGGAAAAGCAUCACGGAGUUCGAGUGCCGCUACUACAUUUACCAGAUCAUCCAAGGCGUCAAGUAUCUGCACGACAACCGCAUUAUCCAUCGCGACUUGAAGCUAGGAAACCUGUUCUUAAACGAUAUGCUGCACGUGAAGAUUGGCGACUUUGGCCUAGCCACUCGCAUCGAAUAUGAGGGCGAACGCAAGAAGACUCUGUGCGGCACCCCAAACUACAUGCCCAGAAUUCUCACCAAAAAGGGGCAUUCGUUCGAAGUGGACAUAUGGUCCAUUGGCUGCGUCAUGUACACUCUGUUGGUAGGCCAACCGCCGUUUGAGACCAAAACGCUGAAGGACACUUAUUCAAAGAUCAAGAAGUGCGAGUACAGAGUGCCAAGCUACUUGAGAAAACCUGCUGCUGAUAUGGUGAUCUCCAUGCUCCAGCCGAACCGAGAGCCGCCAGCAAUUGGCCAGUUGCUGAACUACGACUUCCUGAAGGGCUCGAAGGUGCCAAUUCUUGCAAGCUCUUGCCUAACUAUGGCUCCGCGAAUUGGCAUCAACGACACCAUUGAAGACUCCAUUCAUCGCAAGCCGCUGAUGGAGAUGAACGGCAUUAGGGAUGAUACUCGUCUGGAGUCAACAUUCCUCAAUACCAACUUGCACGACGCCAUCACUGUGGCCCAGGUGUGCCGCCACAACGAAGACUACCGCAGCGACAUUGAGAGCUUGCACCAGCAGCUCACCAAUCUGAUCAACAACAAGCCGCGCAUACUGCAAGGCAAUCUCGGGGAUGAGAAUACCGAUCCUGCAGCACCGCUCUUCUGGAUAUCCAAAUGGGUCGACUACAGUGACAAAUACGGCUUCGGUUAUCAGCUCUGUGAUGAGGGCAUUGGCGUUAUGUUCAACGACACAACCAAAUUGAUUCUGCUUCCGAACCAGAUCAACGUCCACUUCAUAGACAAGGACGGAAAGGAGAGCUAUGACUACGACGAUUACUGCAAGACACUUGAUAAAAAGAUGAAGCUGCUUUCCUACUUCAAGCGUUACAUGAUCGAGCAUCUCGUGAAGGCUGGAGCCAAUAAUGUGAACAUUGAGAGUGAUCAGAUAUCGCGUAUGCCCCAUUUGCACUCCUGGUGCACAACGUGUGCUGUGGUCAUGCAUCUUACCAACGGUUCCGUACAGCUUAAUUUUUCGGAUCACAUGAAGCUCAUUCUUUGUCCGGUUAUGAGUGCCAUUACAUACGUGGAUCACGAGAAGAACUUCCGCACAUAUCGCUUCUCGACCAUCGUGGAGAACGGUGUGUCCAAAGAAUUAUAUCAAAAGAUACGCUAUGCCAAGAAAAACUUAGAAAAAAUGCUGGAGAAGAUGUUUCUUUAAUUGUUGGAUGAUGUUCACCAUCUCCACAACCUACCAGCGGACUAUCAUUCUAAGGCAAAAUGUUAGUUUAAGCUAAAUCACGAACGCCUUAGCCAA